ACCCGCACCGGGACACAGCUGACGCGCUGCCCGCCCGGCCUCCCGAAGUCACCGAUCGGGCUGGUCAGGUGAGCAGCGGCUGGGGAUCACGUGGCUGCCCGCCCUCUCCUGGCCAGGCUAGAAGCUCAGUUGUGUUGCAGCUGUUCCCAGCGCCUGGCCCGUCCCUCUCCGCCCGGUAUUUAUCUCUCACUCCAGAGCAAUGAAGUUGGCAGCCUCUGUCUCUGGCCUGGCCCUAGUGGCCUGUGCCCUAGCUCUGGAGAAUGGACUCAUGCGGGUGCCCCCGAUGGGCUGGCUGGCGUGGGAGAGAUUUCGCUGCAACACUGACUGCAAGACGGACCCUGACAACUGCAUCAGUGAGAAGCUUUUCGUUGACAUGAUAGAUCGUCUAGCGGAUGAUGGCUGGAAGGAGCUGGGAUACGUGUAUGUGAACAUAGAUGAUUGCUGGAUGGCGAAGAAGCGGGACGCAAUGGGGAAACUGAUCCCAGAUCCCGAGCGUUUUCCCAGUGGGAUCAAAGCCCUGGCAGAUUAUGCGCACUUCCGGGGACUGAAGUUGGGCAUCUAUGGAGACAUGGGCAAUUACACAUGCGGUGGCUACCCAGGCACCACGCUGGACCUGGUCGAACAGGAUGCCCUGACCUUCGCGGAGUGGGGCGUGGACAUGCUGAAGCUGGAUGGCUGCUACUCAUCAGAAGAUGAGCAGGCCCAGGGCUACCCUAAAAUGGCAAUGGCCUUGAAUGCAACAGGCCGCCCUAUUGCCUAUUCUUGUAGCUGGCCAGCCUAUCGAGGAGGGCUUCCACCCAAGGUGAACUACACCCUCCUGGCAAACAUCUGUAACCUCUGGCGUAACUAUGGUGACAUUCAGGACUCCUGGAACAGCAUCCUUUCCAUCGUGGACUGGUUUUCAGCAAAUCAGGAUGUGCUGCAGCCGAUGAAUGGCCCUGGCCACUGGAAUGACCCAGACAUGCUGAUCAUUGGAAACUUUGGCCUCAGUGAUGAACAGUCCCGAUCCCAGAUGGCCUUAUGGACGGUGCUGGCCGCCCCACUCUUCAUGUCCACGGACCUCCGCACCCUCUCCCGCAGCUCCAGGGAGAUUCUGCAGAACCGGCUGAUGAUCAAAAUCAACCAGGACCCCUUGGGAAUCCAGGGACGCAGAGUCCUUAGGGAGAAGUCUCGUAUUGAGGUGUUCCUGCGCCCGCUUUCCCACUCAGCCAGUGCCCUGGUCUUCCUCAGCCGGCGGACAGACAUGCCGUACCGCUACACCACCUCCCUCAGCAAGCUCAACUUCUCUGCCAGCGCCGUGUACGAGGCACAGGAUGUGUACAGCGGCGGGAUCAUCAGUGGCCUGAAGGCUGGAGAGAACUUCACUGUCAUCGUUAACCCCUCGGGCGUAGUCAUGUGGUACCUCUAUCCCACAAUGUACCUGGAUCAACCCUUGGACUUUGUCAGACAGCGCCCCCAGGGGAAGGGCUUCCACCCAUUUGCACUGUGAAGCGAAUCAAAAAGGAAGAGGAUGGGGGGCCAGCUGUGAUUUUAUCCAGCCCCGAUGGGUACAUGUUGCUCUCUGGCCAGGAGCGACUCCCCUGAGUGUUUCCAUCACUACAUAGAACAGACGUUUUGCUUGUUCAGUCGCAAACUAAUGAUCUACACAUAACCUCUUUGUGCCUUGGUUUUCCUCUCUGUCAACCAGAGAGAAUUACCACCUCCCUCCCAGGCAUGAGAGGGGGGUUAAUUCAUUACUGAUUGUAAAGUGCUUUGAGACCCUUCCCUGGAUGGUGCCAGGCAAGUGCAGAACAUAGUCACUGUGAGCAUUUGAUAAUUCUCACUACUUGAACACUUGGCUUUGAGCCCGCGCUAGAGUAGCAGGGGCUGAAGGCAGUAUCGCAGCUCGGUGAAGGGGUCAUUUCCCCUAGAUUUGCAGUAGGGCCUUAGAGCUGACCCCUGACGUACCUGUCACAAGGAGCGAGUUUCCCUGGAAGUGCUAUACCGGCAAUCACAUGUUCCAUUGGGGAGGGAACUUUCCUACCAUUUCUUUCGCUUAGAAUGACAACUUCAGGCAGUAGAACUCACCCCCUUCCAGUUGUAAAACCAUUAGUGCCUGUAGGAGGCAGCAUUGUGCAGUAGAAAGAGCAGGGUCCUGGGAGUUAGAAACUCAUGAAUUUAAAUGCUGCCUCUGCACUUACCUCAGCAGUUGCUAAAGGCGAUGUCUGCACUACCUCUGCUACAGUGGCACACCUGUGGGGCUGCAACACCCUCCUGUAGACCCUUCCUGCAAUGAUGGGUGGGGCUUUUCCAUUGGUGGUGUUAAUCGCACCUCUCCAAGAGACGGGUGGCUAGGUUGAUGGAUGAAUUCUUCUGCCAUGCCAAAAGCAGGGGCUAGACCAACCUAACUGCAGUGCUCAGGGUAUAUAAUUUGUCACAGCCCUGAGCAAUGGAGCUAGGUUGAUCUAAUUUUUAAGUGUAGACCAGUGGUUCUCAACCCAAGGCCC